UGGUUGAAGUAAUUCUUACAUCCUGUCGUCCAUACAUACACGUGAAGGUCAGCAACAGAGCCGCAAGGCUUACAUAUUUGGAUACAUAUUGCUCUUACGGUCGGUUUUUAGGGAAAUAUGAACAGCCAGGGAGCUACAGCGGACCCUCAGCUUCAGCAUUUCAUCGAAAUCGAGACUCAGAAACAAAGAUUUCAGCAGCUGGUGCAUCAGAUGACUGAGGUUUGCUGGGACAAAUGUAUGGAUAAGCCCGGUCCAAAACUGGACUCCAGGACAGAAAUGUGCUUCGUUAACUGCGUGGAGCGGUUUAUAGACACCAGCCAGUUCAUCCUAAAUAGGCUGGAACAGACUCAAAAGAGCAAGGGCUCAUACUCUGAGAGCAUGUUGGAAUAAAAACUGUCUGAACUGAAAGGACUGAUGAGACACAUGCACGUGACCCCGGCUCCAUGAAGAGGCUGACACCGCCGUCUGAAAUGAACUUAUUGUUCAACUGGAAAAGGAAAAACAAUAAAUGUUACAUUUCUUACAAGUGCCUCAGAUUAACAAAACGUAUGGAUGCAGAAGUUUAGAGUUUAAGGCAACAUGCUCAGAUUGUGAUCUAUUGCUAGCAGUGACCUCAUGUUCUGUUUUCCAAGCCUCUGGUUAAACUGGGAUACUGAGCUUGAAUGUGGGCGACUGUAGACAGACGGACGCAUCACGAGGACAUUCAGACUCACCUGUCUGAUUUUGAAAACCACAAGGACUCAACACACAACCUGCUGUAAUUUAAGAGAAGUAACAGAUGUCUUGACCCUAAAGGCGUGAGGAUCUGGAUUGUACAUAUGCAAUAAACAUAAUGCCAAAUCA